UGUGGGAAAAGAUGGCGGCUGCCGCACAAUCCCGGGUUGUCCGGGUCCUGUCAAUGUCACGUUCUGCCAUUACUGCAAUAGCCACAUCUGUGUGUCAUGGCCCACCCUGUCGCCAGCUUCAUCAUGCCCUCAUACCUCAUGGGAAAGGUGGACGUUCCUCAGUCAGUGGGAUUGUGGCCACUGUGUUUGGAGCAACAGGAUUCCUGGGGCGAUAUGUUGUCAACCACCUUGGACGCAUGGGGUCACAGGUAAUCAUACCCUAUCGGUGUGAUAAAUAUGACAUCAUGCACCUUCGUCCCAUGGGUGACCUGGGCCAGCUUCUGUUUCUGGAAUGGGACGCGAGAGAUAAAGAUUCUAUCCGACGAGUAGUACAACACAGCAAUGUGGUCAUCAAUCUUAUUGGACGAGACUGGGAAACCAAAAACUUUGAUUUUGAGGAUGUUUUUGUGAAGAUUCCCCAAGCAAUUGCUCAACUGUCCAAGGAAGCUGGAGUUGAAAAAUUCAUUCAUGUUUCACAUCUGAAUGCGAAUAUUAAAAGCUCUUCUAGAUAUUUGAGAAAUAAGGCUGUUGGAGAGAAAGUAGUGAGAGAUGCAUUUCCAGAAGCCAUUAUCAUAAAGCCGUCGGACAUCUUUGGAAGAGAGGAUAGAUUCCUUAAUUCUUUUGCAAGUAUGCAUCGGUUUGGUCCUAUACCCCUUGGUUCCUUGGGCUGGAAGACAGUUAAACAACCAGUAUAUGUCGUAGAUGUAUCCAAAGGAAUUGUUAAUGCAGUUAAGGAUCCUGAUGCUAAUGGGAAAUCCUUUGCUUUCGUUGGUCCCAGUCGGUACCUCCUUUUUCACCUGGUGAAGUACAUCUUUGCUGUGGCUCACAGAUUGUUCCUCCCAUUCCCCUUGCCACUUUUUGCCUAUCGAUGGGUAGCAAGAGUCUUUGAAAUAAGCCCAUUUGAGCCCUGGAUAACAAGGGAUAAAGUGGAGCGGAUGCACAUCACAGACAUGAAAUUGCCUCACCUGCCCGGCUUAGAAGACCUUGGUAUUCAGGCAACACCACUGGAACUCAAGGCCAUUGAGGUGCUGCGGCGUCAUCGCACUUACCGCUGGCUGUCUGCUGAAAUUGAGGAUGUGAAGCCGGCCAAGACCGUCAAUAUUUAGUGCCUCCUGAGCAGCUCUUGGUUUUGGCGUCUUUUGGGUCAGCCCAUGUGGUUUGAGCACCCAGCCAGGCGGUCUCUUUAGAGGAUCCUGUACACAGUUCCACUAUUAAAACAUUUCAGGUUGAAUUCUGCAGUAUUUUCUCCCUUGAUUUACAAAAUGAGAAAUGUAGUCGCUUAGAACUUGAGCAUGAUUUUUGUUAAACAUAUUUAAUAAUGAUAUAUAUACUAUUUAUUCUCUGAAAUGCCAGAGAGUUUGAAUUUUCCUAUGACAAACCACUUCUAGCAUACGUUCUAGAAGACAAGGACCCUUUUUAAUGUCAAAGCAUUGUAAAGACCCCAAGUGAUAUGUGAUUGUUUUUUAAUUUCCAUUAAAUGAGAGAGCAUACAGUAUCCCCUAACCUGAAUGUGUUUACACUGAAGGUGUUUUUAAAAUUUAUUUUAAUAAUGUCCAUAUGCCUUUUAAAAAUAGUAGUACAUAUAUAGAAAAACAUUGUCCAUAGAUUCUCAAACCCCUUGCAGUAAUUCCACAGUCUUCUUGGAUCUGAGCUAUCUGAGGCCAGCCCGAAGCCCUUAGUACCACAUCUGGAUUAUUUCAGACACAUAGGUGGAGAUAGAUUCUCUUCCCAUGCAAAGGAGAUGCUUCAGCUUCUAUGCCAGUAGUGCCAGCACUUAGGAAUUAGGACCUUCUAAUGAAGUUCUUAAAAUUGCAGCCAAGACCCAGAUGAACAAUUGGUUUAGUGUUGGCAAAUCCCACCAGUACAGUGUGAUUUAAAACUCCCACAAUUUGUGGUGAAGCCAACAUACCACCAUCCUAGGUGACCCAGGGUUGGUCAUUGUGUUUCACUGGACUUCAGCCUCCUGAUCUAUGUUUGGGACAGGGAUGUCAGUAAAAACGCUGUUUGAUGAGGGAAUGCCCGUCUCCUUACAGAGAGAAAGGUAUAUCAGUGUUGAAGGUAAGUUCUCCACCUGCCCUUUCUGCCUGCAUCAGAAUCUUUUUAUCCCAAAACGGUCAACAGUGAGCUACUCCAAGUGUGGUCCAUAGAUCACCAGCAUUGGGAUCAUCUUGGGGCUUGUUAGAAAUGCAGAACCCGGGCUGGGCACAGUGGCUCACACCUGUUAUCCCAACGCUUUUGAGUUGCUGUGGUGGGACGGUCGCUUGAGGCCAGGAGUUUGAGUCCAGCCUAGGCAAUAUGGCAAGACCUUGUCUCUAGAGAAAAAUUUCAAAACGUUAGUAGGGCAUGGUGGCACGCACCUGUAGUCUCAGUUAUUCGGGAGGCUAAGGUAUGAUUGCUUGAGCCUGGGAGUUCAAGGUUACAGUGAGCUAUGAUAGUGCCACUGCACUUCAGCUUGGACUGAAGAUCCUGUCUCAGAAAAAAAAAAAAAGAAAAAAAAAGGCAGAAUCCUAGGUUUUGUCCCGUCCCAGGCCUGUUGAAUCAGAAUCUGCAUUUUAGCAAGGUCUCCAGGAGAUUUGUAUGCACAUUACAGUAUGAGAAGCACUGCCAUACAGAAGAGCUGUAUCAGAGUUCAGUGUGAUUCCUGUUAUUAAUCCAGGUUGCUGACCCCCGCCCCAGACCUACUGAAUCAGAGUCUCAGGAAGGAGGGCCCAGGAAUUUUAGUUUUAUUAAACAUUCUAGUUUAUUCUCCUGUACACUAGUAUGUCAGAAUCAGCGUACUAGGGAAAGGAACACAAACUCAACUUCACAUUUUUUCUUCAGAUACUGCCUGUUAUUUUGGAUGACACCCCUCCUAGCCAUAAGCCAGCCAGUAGGCACAGAGAUGGGUGGAUUUAAUUUGAAAAGGAACUAUAAUUCUAUAAUGCACAGUGUCCUCUCAGAAUAUCUACACUUUCUUUCCUUUUUUUGAUUCUUAAAAAAAAACUUAUUGAUACAUAAUAGAUGUAAAUAUUGUCAGGGUAUAUGUGGUAAUUUGAUAUAUUCAUAUAAUCAGUCAGUGUAAUUGGGAUAUCCAUCACCUUAAAUAUUUACCUUUAUGCUAGUAACAUUCGAAUUACUCUCUUCUAGCUAUUUUGAAAUGUACAGUAGAUUAGUAUUAACUCUAGUUACCCUACUGAUCUAUUGAACACCAGGUCUUACUUCUUCUGUCUUAACUGUAAUUAUCUUCAUUUUCUAGCAAUGCUAUUUCUCAUCUCUAACUUGUAUCAUCUCAGGAUGCUGUACUUCUAAAGCUGUAAUUCAACCAGGAUAGUUUUCCCUUCUUAUCAUACCCAGUGCCCCCUUUUGUAACAAAUAGUUGGUAAUGCACCUUUUAUUAUCCUGAUAUGGAAGUCAUAGUUACUUUAACCUGUCUAUAUAUGUAAUCAAAAUAUAAUUAAUGCCUUAUGUAAAUAAGAAGUGAAAGGAAAGUAAUACACAGUAAGAUGUACAUAGAGCACACCAACACUGAAGACAUGAUGAAGGAGUCCGUUGCUUGCUUCCAUGUGGACAAUCACCAUGGAUGCAAUAACAAAUGCAGAAUGGUCUGAUGCAGGGGGUAGGUUGUAGUCUCCAUUUAAAUGCCAUCAGCAGCAUUGCUAUUAUGUCAACUUCUGAAAUAGUGAAUGACUUCUAGUAAAGUUCAGAAGAAAAUAGAAUCGAAUCCUCUCUAAAUUCACGUGGUACUUGCAUUCUUAGAAAACUCAACAUAUAUUAAACCCAUAUCAAAGAUCCUUUAUAUCUGUAAAACAGAUUCUGAGUUCAGAUGACUAUAAGUAGGUUUUCGAAAGUCAUGUGAUGUAUGUUUCAGUUCUUCAUUUUCAUGUUCUGACACCAUGGUAUGCCUAUUCCUGGUGUGCCUAUUCCUCUACAUGUCCAUAGUGCUCUUCAGUCAUUGUUUUACCACAAAGAAGUGAUAAAUACUUGAGGUGAUGAAUAUGCUAAUUAUACUGACUUGAUUACUAUACAGUGUAUGCAUGUAUUGAAACAUCAUAUUGUAUCCCAUAAAUGUAUGAUUAUUGUGUGUCAGAAAUAAAACUUAAAAAUGCUAAA